UCGAGGGGAAAUGAUCUGGAACGAAAUGAGAGGCACAGUAACGGACAUUCCACAAGAUGGCAGCAGCGAAGCGCCGCUGCGGUAAAACACCAAUGAACAAGAUUAUCCAAGAUGGCGAUAUUUGCGUGGCUGCUUCAUAAUUCCCCUUGCAACAAACUCUUCUCCUGGUGGCAUUUGGCUCCCCACCACUCCCCAACUUUGUCAAGAUAUUUUUAAUAACAGCUAUGUGAACACGGCAUCGAGAAAACUCUGGAUUGCAUUCAAGAUCUGAACUUGGAUAGCGUGACUUCCACCAAUUAGCCAGUGAAAUGAGUUCUUCAGAAGAGUUGAAACCGAAGGACACAGACAGCAGCAGAUCCCACCAGUGUCCGAAGUGUAGGAAAUCUUUUAGUCGGAUUUGCAGUCUAAGGAGACAUGAACUCACUCACACAGCGGAGAAACUGUACACCUGUGAACAAUGUGGCAUCAGUUUCAGCCAACUAACAGUCUACAAUAGACACUUGGAGACACAUACUGAAGAAACUACAUUCUGCUGUGAACAAUGUGAAAGGCAUUUCAGUGACCAGAGUUCAUAUAGAAAACACCUGCGCGACCACACUGGACCAUACCAGUGUGACCAGUGUGAAAAGACCUUCAGUUACUUCAGUAUUUACAAGAUACACAUGCGUGUCCACACUAAAGAAAAGCCAUACAGCUGUGAUCAGUGUCCGAAAACGUUUAGCUUUUUAAGUUCAUACAAGCGGCACCAGCUGAGCCACACCGGAGAGAAGCCGUACCAGUGUGACUUUUGUGGAAAGAGUUUUACGCAGUCCGGGCAUUUCAGUCUGCAUCUGCGUAACCACACUGGAGAGAAACCAUACGAGUGUGACCAAUGCGAAAAGAGUUUCAGUGACCUAAGUAGUUACAAGAUACACCUGCGUGUUCACUCAGGGGAGAAACCAUACUGCUGUAAUCAGUGCGGGAGAAGUUUCUCUCAGUUGGGUAAUUACAAAUCACAUUUGCGUAUCCACACCGGGGAAAAACCUUUCCGCUGUGAACUAUGCGAUAAAAGCUUCUCAAUUUCCAAAACGUAUAAACAACAUGUGCGUACGCACACGGGGGAGAAGCCUUACCAGUGCAAAGAAUGUGGGAAAGGUUUUGGUCGUCUAAGUAAUUACAUGCGUCACCUUCGUGUCCACACGGGAGAGCAACCGUACAGCUGUGACCAAUGCGGGAAAUCUUUCAAUAGUUCAUAUAGUUACAGCCGGCACCUGCGUGUGCACACUGGAGAGAAACCGUACUGGUGUUCACACUGCAAGAGACUAUUUACGCGAUCUCAGUCCUUGAAGAAACACCGCUGUAUUGCAAUAGAUGAAGACUACAUGGAUGAGCGAAUGGAUAACAGUCCAACGGUGUGUAAGAAAGAAGCACAACUGAGUUGCUCACCAACAAAUGACGACCAACAAACAACAACAAAAUAAGCUACUGCACGGUUACAGUCGCUAGGGGGUGUGUCGCAAGUGUGGCUUUGUUUGUGUUGGUAAUAGUUUUUAGCAAACAGUGGAGCCUUAUUACACAGACGAAUAAGGUAAGGCUUUGUGUACACUCAAUAACUAAGAAUAUAUACUAAUUGUUGUUUUCGUUCUUUUCAUGGAACUUUUCUUCAAGUAAUCUAAAAUACAUCAGCAAACGUACUUAAAUCAUGUCUCUUUUCUGCAUACUUUUAAGUUAGAGUUGGAAAAAAAUAAGUUUUUAUGUGUAUGGCACAUUUCUUACAAGACAUGCAGCCCAAAGAGCUUUGAAGUAAAACGAAUUCAUCAAAAACAAUGUUAAAAAGUGAGUUGAGUCACGUUAUCCUGAAUCAUCUUUUUGAAAAGCUGUUUUUUUAAACCAUCAACUAUUUAAGUAAAAUACUAGCUUUCUAAUUGUGAAACACCAAGCCCAUGUUAACAUUUGAUAUCAUAAUGUGACACUAAUUUUCAUAAUUAGGAUUUUUUUGAGACUCAGCCUCAUUGAUGCCUGUCAAAGGUUUAAUUAUGUCAUUCUAAUUUUAAAAGCAGUCAAUUACCUGAAACACAUCAGCUAAUACUUAAAACACUUCAAUAUUGACUGACUUGUACUUGUGUAUAUUAUACUAUGUGGUGCUUUUCUGUACAUAGUGGCUGACAAAUUAAGUAAUAAAUGGAAUAUAUUAACAAUUGAUGGAAUACUCUUGUUUGAAAUAAUGGUUUUAAUUGCAUGUGCAAUUUUUCAUUCAUUUAUUUACCUACAUUUUUUGAUAAUUUAUGAUACACCGACUUGACUAAACUAUUAAAUUGCGUCAUGUCUUAUCGUUCUUACUGGAACUCGGCUCUUAUUAUUCAAUAAAAUCCCCUGCAUUCA